AUGCAACACCACGUCCAUGCGCCUCUCUCGCACCACUUCCCUGCCUCUCAUCUAAGGUCGAAAAUGGUUUUUUCUCUUUUCGUAGCUGCCACCCUUAGUACCCUAGUGCUCGUUGAGCUUUUCCCGUUCUACAUCGCGGUUGCGGCUUCAGCUUCAGCGCCAGCUCCAGAACACCUGUUCAACGUGUCGACUCCUGCUUUUCCACAGGCGCUGCUCGUUCCCUGGUCGAGUCCCGACUUCAGCGAGGCUCGUACCCCCCUCGAAUCCUUCGACAAGCGCCAAACUAGAACUUGCACUCGAGGACCCGGAGGACCUUGGUGUAGCCAGACUACAUGCUGUGGAGCCGGUGAACGAUGCUGCCCUGGCAAUUCAUGCUGUUACUCCAGUCAAAACUGCUUUGCAAAUAGAAGGUGUUGUCCAAUCAGCUACACUAUUUGUUCUGGCCACACGGCGUGCUGUCCUCCUGGCUAUCCGUGUUGCGGAAGUGGCUGUUGCCGUCCUGGCGCUUUCUGUAGCGGGGGUUCCUGCUUUCGAAGAAGCACGUCGCCUCCCCCGCCGCCCCCGCCGCCCCCACCGCCCCCUGUAUCUCGGCCGCCUCCUCCAUCGUCUUCACCAUCGCGGCCGCCUGCGUCAUCUGCGUCUGCGGCUGCACCAUCUACGCCGUCGUGCAAUUGUGGAAACAUCUGUUGCUUAUCUGGCGAGAUCUGUGAACGGAAUAGAUGUAUCCGUGCAUCCCUCCGGAACAGAAUCGUCCGUUUCAACACCUCGGAUGAGAACAUCGAGGUUCUGAAGAACAUGUGCCAAGCAAUGUUGGACACCGCCAACGCGGUCGCAGCAAUACUGACAUAUCGCGGCUCGGACCUCGACGCUAUAAGCCGUACACGGACAGAAGCUGGUUGCAACGAAGGAUACUGCGCAGACCGCAUUGCGAGAGGCCUCGUUCCUCCCAGUUACACCUCUUGCGUCGAGUACCCACCAGCCUCCUCGAUGGAGGGUGGGCUCUCCACACCGGCAUCCCGACGUUCUAUUAGCUGCGUCCCAGACCGACAGAAUUUAUAUCAAGGCGGGAUGUUUAACUGGAAGUUGAAUAAGGACGGAAUUAGCCUUCAAGCGGGAGAUGAGUUCGUGAUCAGUGUUGAGUGCGACAAAGUUUCGAUUGACGUGCCAACCACUGGCGAGACGUCAAGUGCAUCUGGGGCUCAGGAGGAUGCGACGAGCGAACAUGGCAUCGCAGCCGAAGAAAUUGGGGUUCCGCUAAAUACGAGAGACGAUGAGAGUGUUUCGAAGUCUGGAAACGAAGCUGUCGAACCCAACCUAUUGAACGAGGACCAACCAGGGCGUAGUUUCCUUAUCGCCCCUUUCGGCGACCUCAAACCGGGGACAUAUACCGCGAACAUUCAGGUCGUCAACGGCUCUGCGCUUGGCGGCACUGUCCUUGAUAAUGAAGGGGUGGAUUAUGCAAGGUUCAACACUUUCUCCGGGCAAACUCAGCAAUAUUCUUUCAGUCUAAGGCAUUGGACCCCUGGGAUGGGGAUCCUCAUCUCGACGAAUGAUCGCGCAACGAACAUCACCUGGACGUUGGAAGGAACUGUCGCGGCGUCUGCUACGUCCAACAGAGGUUUCCCCACAUCGACGACAACGGGUAACUUGCCCUCGUCGAUUCUCAGUGGAGCCCAAGGCCUUAACUUGCGCGUACAAGCUGAGUGGAUGAUUGUAUUCUCCUUGCUCCUCGUCUACGUCACUCUCUGA